UGGAUUAACAGGUUGCCUUUAGUUUUGGAUGUUUUGCUACACUGCGUGCACCUGAAGGGUUUUUCAUCUGAGUGAACUACCAUGUGUUGUCCGAGUUCAUUUUUAGUUUUGAAUGUUUUGCCACACUCUAGGCAGCUGAAGGGUCUCUCCUCUGAGUGAACUCUCAUGUGAAUUGCCAGUUCUCGUUUAGUUUUGAAUGUUUUGCUACACUCUGAGCAGCCGAAGGCUUUUUCGUCUGAGUGAACUGGCUUGUGUUGUGCCAGUUCAUUUUUAGUUUUGAAUGUUUUGCCACACUCUGAGCAGCCGAAGGGUCUCUCCCCUGAGUGAACAUUCAUGUGGAUUGCCAGGUCUCCUUUAGUUUUGAAUGAUUUUCCACACUGUGUGCAGCUGAAGGGUCUCUCCUCUGAGUGAACUGCCUUGUGGUGCACUAGAUUGUUUUUAGUUUUAAAUGUUUUGCCACAUUCUGGGCAGCUGAAGGGUCUUUCAUCUGAAUGAACUGCCAUGUGGAUUGUCACUUCAUGUUUUGUUUUGAACGAUUUGCCACACUGCUUGCAGCUGAAGGGUCUCUCCUCUGAAUGAACUCUCAUGUGGAUUGUCACUUCAUGUUUUGUUUUGAAUGAUUUGCCACACUGCGUGCAGCUGAAAGGUCUCUUCUCUGAAUGAACUCUCAUGUGACUGGUCCUCAGCUCUUUUGUUUUAAACAAUUUACCACACUGUAGGCAGCUGAAGGGUCUCUCCUCUGAGUGACAUAGCAUGUGUCUUGCCACUUCCUUUUUAGUCUUAAAUGUUUUGCCACAUUGUCUGCAGCUGAAGGGUCUCUCCUCUGGGUGAACUGCCUUGUGGCUUGCCAGUUUAUGUUUAGUUUUGAAUGUUUUGCCACACUCUGGGCAGCUGAAGGGUCUCUCCUCUGAGUGAACUUUCAGGUGUUUUGCUAGUUCUUGUCGUGUUCUGAAUAUUCGACAACACUUUGAGCAAACGUUUGUUUUCUCAAGCCUCUUUAGCAUCUUCUUUCUUACUUUCUUCACAGACAUUAGACUUGACUUUUGUGGUCUUGUAUCCUUCCAACUGUCAUCACUGCCCUCAGUCUCAGGUUCAGGGGAGUCUUGAGUCUUUUGUUGUAUAUUUAUCUCUGAAUCUGAGUUACUGGCUGGUUCUUGUCCUCCAUAAUUCUGUUCCUUGCAAAUGUUUAGUGUCUCAGUGUAUCCCUGGUCCAGACUGGGACUCCUCUGCUGCUGCUCAGAGGGAAACUCUUCUUUUUCCACCAACAGCUGCUGGAUAUCUGCAAGGCACAGAAAAACAAUAACUAAACAGAAGGUAAUGAAAACAUCAGUAGAUAUAAAAGCAGAUUUAAAAACUAAAUGAUAGUCUAAAGAAAGAUAAGAGUUAGUGUGGGGAGUAUGAACUAAUGUUACCCCCUCUGGUGUUACAAAAAAAAAAAAAGAAAAUUUCAGUGAUUUUCACCGGUUCACAGGAAAAACUCCUCCACAGUUUUGUGACAUUACUUUUUCACAAGAGGAAAUGACUGAGAAAAAUAUUGGAACUCUUGGUUUCAGAAUGAGAUAGACAGUUGAAGAAAAACACAAAACGAUUUAAAGUUUUAUAAGAUGAGUUUCAUUAGGUGGCAGCUCACCUUUUUUGCAUGGGAUGAACACCAUUUCUGACAUUUUUAUGUUUCUAAAACAAUAUUAUUCUAAAAUCACAAUAUAUAAUUUUUUUUUUAAUCACCAUGUAUAAGUACCAGAUAAUAAGAAACAGUUUCCUGGGGGAGCAGACCUCCAGACCACCUUGGGUUUGGGCCGAGCCCCCAUUGUUUACAACAUAUGGCUGAGUCCCUGCAUUCUAGCACUUUGCCUUUUGUGAAGUAGUUUCUGUCUUUAUCUACACAAUUAUUAUGAUAUAUCAUUUGAUGCUGGUCAAAAUAUAUCAGUCCUGCAAAUGUCCUCUCUUUUUUGUGUUUACUGAUAACUUCAUAUUUAUGCCACAAAUUCAACAGUGUGAUCCAAAUAAGUUCAAAUACUGUAAUGGAGUGCAUGUCAUCAAAAUUUCGCUCUAGCCUGACAACUAAAGAUGGCUACUCUGGAGUUAUAAUCGAACACACAUUAGUUAAAACUUCACAAACAAAAGAGUUGAAGUGUGACCCACAGUUUGAGCAGGGGCUGAAGUGCGAAACCGUCCAGCAGUGAACCAACAGGAUAGGAUAGCUGUUGUCUUUGUUGUUGCGGUUAUACAGUACUUCACUGUUAAGUUAAGUACAGUACUGUUAAUAUGGUUUAUUUCAGCCUGUGUGUGGCGCUUGCUUCAGUAAAGGCAUUGAAACAUGUAUCCAGAAGUAUAAGGAAAACUGACCUGCUCUGUGCAGCUUGAUUUCGGGUGUUAAAAUCACAGCCAGCAGUUUUUUCUGGCGGCGGAGCUCCUCUUCGUAUCCAGACUCUGUUCUAUUUUCGACCAGGUCCGUCAUUACCGCAGCCAGCAGCCGCCGAUUAAAUAAAUCAUCAAGAUCCUGAAACCCGGACAUUUUCCACAAACGCAAGAGCGAAAGCAGUGAAAACAGAACUUUGUGGUUACCGCGGUACCACGUGGACGACUUAUUCCUCCUCUUCUUUUGUGAGCGUUUCCUGGUGUAGAAACAGAGCCGGAUCGGUUGUUGUGAGCGGAAGUCGACCGCCCACUGACCAAUCGGAUCUCUUGGAAAAUGGCUUGCCCACUUUUGCCGGAUCACGUGGACAUCGCUGCACGGUUGGCAAGAGGAGCGCUUCGCCGAGAGCGUUAUAUUCGUGAUCGAUCAAAAUGAUUUAGCUGAUCAAGUUCUCCAUGAACGUUACAGGUUUUCCUCGGACGGCCUCAAUGUUCAGGUAGCAUGAAGUCAAAGCAAUGCACCAAUGUUCGUCAAGUUCCAGUUUCAUGCCGCAUAUCAUCAUUCAUCAUCUGAAAUAAUGAGGUCAGUGAUGAUGGUGAUCAAUGAUCAAUGCACAAGAGGGGUUUAACAGUUUGCUUUAUUUGGGUUCCUGCCCAUGUAGGUAUAGAGGGGAAUGGAUGAGUUGAUUUUCUGGCCAAACAAGCACUUAAAUCACACAAUAGAGAGAUACAGAAAUUCCGUUAAGUAAGGCAGAGGGUAAAUCACUUAUCAAAAAACAUAUAGAGAAAGUGUGGCAAGAAUACUGGGACAUUAAAGAUACGGGAAGACACCUUUAUAACAUACAGGAAAAAGUUGGGUUGGGAAGAAGGAGGAGCAGGAACCGGAGGGAAGAAACAAUCAUCACACGUCUGAGGAUAGGACACACAGGGCUAAACAACACACUGUAUAAAAUAGGAAAACACCCAGAUGGCAGUUGUGAUAAAUGUGGACAGGCUGAGACGGUCCAGCAUGUGUUGUUAGAUUGUGGAGGAUAUGUGGAGGAAAGGAGGAUACUGGAAUGGCACUUAGCAUGGGGAACCUACUAGGAUCAGAAUCAGAAAUUGUAAUUAAUCAUCUAAUGGCAUAUUUGAAGAACUCUGGGCUACUGGAGAGGAUCAAAUUCCCUUUUUUUUAAAAUAUGUAUAUAUAUUAUUUUGUCUACCAAUUUACUGUUUCACACUCCAGUCCAGUAGGUGGCGGUAAUGCACCUUCAAGUUGGUUUGCCAAUGAAAAAGAAGAAGAAGAAGAACCGAAAUUUCAGUUUUCGCUCCAAAACCCGCCGACACCCGCUCCCAACAACCGAUUCAGCUCUGUUUCCACACCAGAGAUUGAUCACAAGGGAAAAAGAAGAGGAAGAAGUCGUCCACGUGGUACCGCGGUAACCACAAAGUUCUGUUUUCACUGCUUUCGCUCUUGCGUUUGUGGAAAAUGUCCGGGUUUCAGGAUCUUGAUGAUUUAUUUAAUCGGCGGCUGCUGGCUGCGGUAAUGACGGACCUGGUCGAAAAUAGAACAGAGUCUGGAUACGAAGAGGAGCUCCGCCGCCAGAAAAAACUGCUGGCUGUGAUUUUAACACCCGAAAUCAAGCUGCACAGAGCAGGUCAGUUUUCCUUACACUUCUGGAUACAUGUUUCAAUGCCUUUACUGAAGCAAGCGCCACACACAGGCUGCAAUAAACCAUAUUAACAAAAUGGCAAAAUAAUAUGAUUAAACCUGGAAUGACUUUAGGGCAACAAAGUAUUUAUUUUCACACGGAGCUAAAAUCCUACCAAAACUUCACAAAGAAAGAGAAUGUGUUUUACAAAGACAGUUAUAUUCAUGUGCAAAGAAUGUGUGGUUUCCAUUAUGAAUACAUUUCUUACCUUUAAGUACAAAACGUAUUUCUUUACAGGAGCAACAAAAAAUGUGAAAAAAGCCUCUGUGUGACUCGUUAUCUGCAAGUAGAGUGUCAGGCUAGAGUGAAAUUUUGAUGUACUCUAUUACAGUAUUUGAACUUAUUUGGAUCACACUGUUGAAUUUGUGGCAUAAGUAUGAAGUUGUCAGGAAACACAAAAACGAGAGGACAUUUGAAAGACUCAUAUAUUUUGACUAUCAUCUAAUGAUAUAUCAUAAUAAUCGGGUAAGUAAAAACAGAAACUACCUCCCAAAAGGCAAAGUGCUAGAAUGCAGGGACUCAGCCUUAUGUUCUGAACAAUGGGGGCUCGGCCAAAACCCAAGGUGGUCUAGAGGGCUGCUCCCCCAGGAAACUGUUUCUUAUUAUCUGGUGCUUGGUGAUUUUGGAAUAACAUUGUAUUAGAAACAUAAAAAUGUAAGAAACAAUGUUCAUCCCUUGCAAAAAAGGUGAGCUGCCUGAUGAAAGUCAUCUUAUAAAACCUACAAUCAUUUUGUGUUAUUCUUCAACUGUCUAUCUCAGUCUGAAACCAUAGAAGAACUUGUAGAAUAUCCAUAACUUGCAUUACUGCCUCCUCAAAGAGACAGAAGUGAAAACAAUUAUUUAAAAAAAUUGGAAUUGGUAUUAAUUCUGAAAAGGCACAAGAAAAGCACAUGUUCCAGAUUUAUCUCUGUUGCCUACUUGAAAAUGUAAAUCCUUGACUUUGUACAGUCAGUCUGCAUUUUUAGCUUUUGUUCUGCCCAGCAGGCUAAAAUCCUGUCUGAUUCAGAGAGGAAAACUUAGUAGUUAACUAUAGUUAACUUUCAUGUUUGUCUCUUCAGUGUUUCUGUACCCUUAGCCCCUUUAUUUUAGAGGGCCUGAUGACCCUCUCGCCCACUAUAACCGGGUAUUUGGGUCUCAAUAAAAAAAUGUUUUUAGUUAUUCAAAAUUUAUUUUAAAGAGUUCAAAUAUUUUUCUCAGUCAUUUCCUCUUGUGAAUAAAGUCACAAAACUGUGGAGGAGUUUUUCCAGAGGGGGUAACAUUAGUUAGUAAUCCCUACACUAACUCUUGUCUUUCUUUAGACUAUCAUUGGGUUUUUAAAUCUGCUUUUAUAUCUACUGAUGUUUUCAUCAACUUCUGUAAUGUUAUUGUUUUUCUGUGCCUUGCAGAUAUCCAGCAGCUGUUGGUGAAAAAUGAAGAGUUUCUCUCUGAGCAGCAGGAGAGGAGUCCCAGUCUGGACCAGGGAUACACUGAGCCCCCGAACAUUUGCAAGGAACAGAACUAUGGAGGACAAGAACCAGCCAGUAACUCAGAGAUAAAUAUACAACGAAAGACUCAAGACUCCCCUGAACCUGAGACUGAGGGCAGUGAUAAGAAUUGGAAGGAUACAAGACCACAAAAGUCAAGUCUAAUGUCUGUGAAAAAAGUGAGAAAGAAGAUGCUAAAGAGGAUUGAGAAAUCACGUGUUUUCUCAAACUGUUGUCAAAUAUUCAGAACACAACAAGAACUGGCAAUCCACCUGAAAGUUCCCUCAGAGGAGAGACCCUUCAACUGCUCAGAAUGUGGCAAAACAUUUAAAACUAAAAAAAAUCUGGCAAGCCACAAGGCAGUUCACUCAGAGGAGCGACCCUUCAGGUGCAAGCAGUGUGGCAAAACAUUCAAAACUAAAGGAGACCUGGCAAAACACACGAGAGUUCACUCAGACGAGAGACCCUUCAGCUGCUUAGAGUGUGUCAAAACAUUUAAAAUUAAAAAUGAACUGGCAAGACACAUGCUCUAUCACUCAGAGGAGAGACCCUUCAGCUGCUCAGAAUGUGGCAAAUCAUUCAAAACUAAAAAUGAACUGGGACCACACAUGGCAGUUCAUUCAGAGGAGAGACCCUUCAGCUGCCAAGAAUGUGGCAAAACAUUUAAAACUAAAAAUGACUUGGGACCACACAUGGCAGUUCACUCAGAUGAAAAACCCUUCAGGUGCACGCAGUGUGGCAAAACAUUCAAAACUAAAAAAGUACUGACAACCCACAUGGCAGUUCACUCAGAGGAGAGACCCUUCAGCUGCUCAGAGUGUGGAAACAAAUUCAAAACAAAAAAUUAUCUGGCAAGACACAUGAUAUGUCACUUAAAGGAGAGAUCCUUCAGCUGCCUAGAGUGUGGCAAAACAUUCAAAACUAAAAAUGACUUGGAACCACACAUGGCAGUUCACUCAGAUGAAAAACCCUUCAGGUGCACACAGUGUGGCAAAACAUUCAAAACUAAAAAAGUACUGGCAACCCACAUGGCAGUUCACUCAGAGGAGAGACCCUUCAGCUGCUCAGAGUGUGGAAACAAAUUCAAAACAAAAAAUUAUCUGGCAAGACACAUGAUAUGUCACUUAAAGGAGAGACCCUUCAGCUGCACUGAAUGUGGUACAACAUUUAAAACUGAACAAAUGCUGCAUAAACACAUGAGAGUUCACACUGGAGAAAGACUCUAUAGCUGCCCUGGAUGUGAUCAACUUUUUAGAACUACAGAAGCGCUGAAUAGACACAUUAAAUCUCAAAGGGUGAAGAAGUCCACUAGCUGCUGUGACGGGAAGUACUCUAUGGAAAAUAGUCAAAAAAGUCAGGUAUAUGCUGGGGAGAAGAUUUUGAGUUGAUUACAGUGUGGUGAAGGAGUUAAACAUGACAUUUUUCAAACCUACAAAUGGUGGUUCAUACUAGAGAGAGACAUUUUUGUUCUGUGUAUAUUGGAAUUAAUUGACACUAGUCUAGUCCAAACUGUCACAUGGCUCUUCAGAGGUGUGUGUGUGUGUGGGGGGGGGGACUCCAUCUGCUCACUUUACAGCAAGAGAUUUAGUACAAUGUCUUGGCUGACAAGACUCAUGUUGAUAAAGAAGAAAACCCCCCCGGCUGCUUUGUUUUAUAGUGAAAUUUUUAAAGAAUAGUCUAAUGUGACUCUUUACAUAGUACAUCAAAGAGAAACUAUAAAGCUGCUCUCAGUGCAGUAAGACAUCUAAGUAAAAGUCUUGUCCUACAUAUCACAUAUCAAUUCACAGAGAGGAUGAAGAUUUAAACUGAAAUAUAAUUGCAGUAACAAAUAGCAACAACAAUGAUAAUAGAAAUAAAGAGCAGUUUUUACCUUUGAGCCUGUCUUUCAUUUGGGCUCAUUCUGACAAAACAGAAGCCCUAUAAAAAAAAGUAGACCAUAGUCAUCAUGAGGACCUCCUGAACAUGUUAAUGUGAUUUUGGUGUUUUUACAGUAGGAAGUUUGGAUGUACUUGCAAGUUAUAGACAGGAGUCCCUCCUGCUUCUCUCAGAAAAUAUUUGUAUUAACAUCAAUGAGGAGCAGAGAGAGACAUUGCAACACUUAAAGUCUAAGUAUUUAAAAUCUGUGAGCCUCUCUGCUUAGAUGAACACAUAGUCAGAGACAGAACAAGUGUGUCUACAACUGCAGAAAAAAACAAGCAUGUAGAGUGGACUGGUCUAAGAACAUAGACUUCAUCUGUAGAAAGGGGCAGAGCCGCCUCUUUUGCCUGAGAAGACUCCAAUAAAUAGACAUGUGUAGUAAGAUGCUGCAGAUGUUUUAUCAGUCUGUGGUGGCAAAUGUUGUGUUCUGUGCUGCAGUCUGCUGGGGAGGAAGCAUCAAACACAAAGAUGCAAGACGUCUGAACAUACUGGUGAAAAAGGCUGGCUCUGUGGUUGGAUUCAAGUUGGACUCACUGGAGGAUGUGGUGGAGAAAUGUACACUUGGAAGGUGGAGGCUAUUUUAAAGAACAUGGAUCAACCACUUAACAACACCUUAAUGGACCAAAGGGCCAAUGGUGGUGGACGGCUCCUCUCUCUUCACUGCAGGACAGAAAGAUUCAGAAGAUCUUUUGUACCCACAGCCAUCAGACUUUACAACUCUUCUAUAAAUAUUCGAUGACUUUUGAGACGUGACAAAUGCGACAACAGAAAAUUGAAUAUCCCUUCGGGGAUCAAUAAAGUUAUUCUUAUUCUUAUCUCUUGUAUCUUUUGUUUUAUGUUGGGUAUAGACUUAUUGGGCCUAAAAUAAAGUGUAUAUAUACCACUUCAUCAGUAGGGGGUACAAAAGUCAACACAGUCAGAAAGCUUCUCAUAGGAGCCUUGAGGUUUGUGACAUGAGGACCCUCUUCUUGAGCAACAAAUGAUCUUGUGUAUUCUGUCCUGUGCUCUACAAUUAUGCAAUGCAGUGAGGUGAGGUGUUUUUUUUUUUAUUCACUUAUUAGAAUUCCAGAGAUAUUUGUAUUGAGUCCUGAAAAUGUGUAAGCUUUAUGACCAAGACAGAUUGUUUAUAAGAUUAUGAAGUGGAUAAGGGUGACAGAGAGGGAAGAUAGUGAGGACAAAGACAUUAUUCAGUUCAAAGUAUAGAGACAUCCAGUCAAUUGAUACUUCGGUACAAGUAAAAUUGGCUCAGUAAAAUGUUACUUUUGUUUGAGUACUAAAAUAUUUGCUUUUGAAAAUGCCUUGAUAGACCCUCUCAUAUGACUUUUUGAGAAAAUCUCAAAACAAUGUUGUUUACUCAUCAUUCAUGUGUGCAUCAAAUACAACAGGUUUAGGUUUCCCCAGUCAUUCCAGUGGAAUUUUGAAGGCACAGCUCUGUAUUCAAUGCAAGUUUUUCUACUGGCUUGGGUUGGCUUGUGCAGAUCCUCAGGUUUAAAAUGUUCACUGCACACAAAGGUGCUUCCACAUGUUAUUAUAAAACUUGGUCCCUUGUUUCUCCUGAUUUCCCUCACCCAGUUGGCAUGUGCAGGUUUAUCGACUGGGAGGCCGUGGAAGUUUAAAUGAGGGGAUUUCUUUUUGCUGUUGGAGCAACAAGGGACACUACACCAAGCUUGUGACAUACUGUUGUGAGAAAGAAGAAUAGCAACAAUGUUUAAUCUCCAUGGUAAUUGAUAACUUGAACAUAAAAAGGUGAGUCUACAUUGGUGUAAAAAGGAAAUGCAAAAAGAAGUCUUCAUGUAUUUCAACAGCCAGGUAUUUUAUAGAUACAACAUUGCUAGCAUGUUUAAAUCAAUCUAAGGACACAUCCAAAGAAUUUGAACGUGAAUCAGCCUUUGUAGCUGAUAACGACCACUGGCUACUGCGGUUUCAAAGUAGUUAACCAUGUUAACAUAACAACAGAGGUUCCUGGCUUAGUUAUUGCCUACUUGGAAACCAAAUAUCCAAAACAACACUCAUAACAUCCAGUGGCCCUUGUAGUUUCAAUUUUAGCUUUUAUUAGAUUACAUUAGAUUAGAAUAAAUUCCUUGGCCAAGAGUCAGAGGUAUGGCGAGUGAUUAUACAUUGAAUUAAAAAGGAAAUGCUAAAUGAAAUGAUGCUAAAUAAACACAGGGAGGUCGCCAGUAUCAUGAGCAUGAGUUAGCUUCUAUUCCCAACUCGUAGAGAAUUUCGUAAUAGGAAAACUUAAAAUGCAGAUAACAUUAGCAAGAGAACUUAUUGCCAAUUGGUAGCUAAAAUUAUUCUUCACUGUAACUUUCAGAAUCUCACGUUGUAGAUCUAGAGAUUGUGAAGGUCCAGGUAAACCCAAUGGCGUUGAGCAGGGGAUGCUCUGCUAUCGGUAAAACCGUAAAGGGUGAUGACGUCAUGUGAAUUCCCUCAAUUGUGGCCAGUCUAGAUCUGUGCGCGCACAAGUAAAGGGGGCGGGGUCAGUGCCACCUGACUUAUCUCCACAAUGGAGAUCGCCGAUUGUUUAAAUUACAUUUGUGCGUUCAUAAAUUUAUGGUCCCCUAAUAUGUUUUAUGCAGUGUGUGUGUUAACCAUCAUAAUUGACCUCAUUAUUUCAAAUGAUGAAUGAUGAUAUGCGGCAUGAAACUGGAACUUGACAAAUAUUAGUUCAUUGCUUUGACUUCAUGCUACCUGAAUAUUGAGGCCGUCCGAGGAAAACCUGUAACGUUCAUGGAGAACUUAAUCAGGUAAAUCAAUUUGAUCGAUCACGAAUAUAACGCUCUCGGCAAAGCGUUCCUCUCGCCAUCCGUGCAGCGAUGUCUACGUGAUCCGGCAAAAGUGGGCAAGACAUUUUCCAAGAGAUCCGAUUGGUCAGUGGGCGGUCUGUUACACCCGCUGAAAGCAGGUAGGGAAACCCAGGAGUUAUCUCGCUAAAACCAAGUCCAGUUUCCUAGUACAGGCCUCUGGUGAUCCGAUACCGAGAUUUCAGUUUUCGCUCCAAAACGCGCCGACUUCCGCUCCCAACAACCGAUCCAGCCUUGUUUCCAGAAAACGCUCAUAAAGAAAAAAGAGGAGGAAGAAGUCGUCCACGUGGUACCGCGGUAACCACAAAUGUCCGGGUUUCAGGAUCUCGAUGAUUUAUUUAAUCGGCGGCUGCUGGCUGCGGAUAUCACGGACCUGGUCGAAUAUAGAACAGAGUCUGGAUACGAAGAGGAGCUCCGCCGCCAGAAAAAACUGCUGGCUGUGAUUUUAACACCCGAAAUCAAGCUGCACAGAGCAGGUCAGUUUUCCUUACACUUCUGGAUACAUGUUUCAAUGCCUUUACUGAAGCAAGCGCCACACACAGGCUGCAAUAAACCAUAUUAAUAAAAUGUCAAAAUAAUAUGAUUAAACCUGAAAUGACUUAAGGGCAAAAAAAGUAUUGCUUUUCACACGGAGCUAAAAUCCUACCAAAACUUCACAAAAAACAGUAUGUGUUGUGUCAAGACAGUUAUAUUCAUGUGCAAAGAAUGUGUGGUUUUCAUUAUGAAUACAUUUCUUACCUUUAAGUACAAUUUCUUUACAGGAGCAACAGAAAUAUUAUAGGAAAAAAGCCUCUGUGUGACUCUAUCUUCAAGUAGCCUACAUGAAAAAAUUUACUUCAAUGAAUUUGUUUUCUUCUGAAUACAUAAAGUACUGCACAACCGCAAAAACAAAGACAACAGCUGUCCUAUCCAGUUGAUUAACUGCUGGAUGGUGUCGCUUUUCAGCUCCUGCUCAAACUGUGGGUCACACUCCAUCUCUCUAGCUCUUUUGUUUCUGAAGUUUUAACUAAUGUGUGUACAAUUAUAGCUCCAGGGUAGCCAUCUUUAGUUGUCAGGCAAGAGUGAAAUUUUAAUGACAUGUACUCUAUUACAGUAUUUGAACUUAUUUGGAUCACACUGUUGAAUUUGUGGCAUAAGUAUGAAGUUAUCAGUAAACACAAAAAAGAGAGGACAUUUGCAGGACUGAUAUAUUUUGAUAGAUAAAAGCAGAUGGUCUGGAGGUCUGCUCCCCCAGAAAACUGUUUCUUAUUAUCUGGUACUUAUACAUGGUGUUUUAAAGAAAUAUCAUAUAUAUUGAUUUUAGAAUAAUAUUGUAUUAGAAACACAAAAGUGCCAGAAAUGUUUAUCCCUUGGAGAAAAGGCAAGCUGCCACCUGACGAAAGUCAUCUUUUAAAGCCUACAAUCAUUUUGUGUUGUCUUCAACCGUCUCAGUCUGAAACCAUAGAACAAUAUGUAGAAUAUCCAUAACCUGCAUUACUGCCUCCGCAAAGAGACAGAAAAUGAAGAAAUUUAUAGAAAACCUUAUCACUGAUGAUCAGGGAAAGGUCAGCUGAGCUUAACAAAGAGAGAGAACUCAUGAUUCAUGAUUGGAUGAGCUGUCUGAGGUGAAAUCCUUUUUUGAUUGACAGCUAAACAAGCAAAUCAGCGAUCUUGAAGAAUAAAACAUCUACCAGAGCAUUUUCGAAGUUAUUCAUUCCGUUGUUCUUAACUGCUCCAGAGACUUUACCGAUCCUCAGCGACUUUUGUCUUUGUUAAAAACGAAUGCCGUUGUGUUUGGGGACUCUGUUCUGUCACUCUGUGGUUUCUUUCCCCAAAGAACAGCAGCAGCUGCAGAGCUUCUCCCCCGUCACUCUCUCUCUCUCUCUCUCUCUCUCUCUCUCUCUCUCUCUCUCUCUCUCUCUCUCUCUCUCUCUCUCUCUCUCUCUCACUCACUCACUCACUCACUCACUCACUCACUCACUCACUCACUCACUCACACACACACACACACACACACACACACACACAAAUAAACAAACACAAUUAUGAUGUAGGCCAGAAAAAUGAGCUUCCCCUCCUUGAAAGACCAGCAGCCGCCAAUGGAUUUUACCUAGAGCAGGUAGUAAACUUUGUGGUUGUUUAUUUUUUCCUGAGAAUGUUCCUUUACUGUCUUUAGGUAACAAAAUAAUCUUGUCAAUUUUCAAAUCUGAAGGACAAACACAUUUUUUAAAACUUAAAUUAAUCAUAAAAGCAAUAGGUAAAGCAAUCACACCUGCUGUAGGCUUAGGUAACUUUACCUCCAGGUUGUCAAUACCUGAGGGUGUUUCUCUUCCUGCUCGCAGAAAAUCCUCCACUGUGUCUUCAGUGAUUGUCUUAAAUCUAAAGCUACAUAGUUUAUCCUUCAUAAUUUUGUCCUUUAUUGAUUUACUUGGGCCGGCACAGUAGUGUAGUGGUUAGCACUGUCACCUUACAGCAAGAAGGUCCUGGUUUUGAAUUCGGUUACUCUGGUUUCCUCCCAUAUCCUUAAAACAUGCAGAAGUGGGGAUAGGUUAAUUGGUCACUUUCAAAUUGCCUGUAAGUGUGAAUGUGAGUGGAUGGUUGUUUGGCUCUAUAUAUCAGCCCUGCAAUGAACUGGUGACUUGUCCAGGGUGUCCCCUACUUUUGCCCAAAGAUGCUGGGAUACGGUCCAUGAAAAAAAAUAACUUAAGUCAUUUGCACUGGUUUAGUUAGAGUUUGGGGAAACAUAAGUUCAUAAUCCCCACACAAACUCUCCUUUUUCUUUUGACUAUCAGUGAGUUUUUUAAUCUGUUUUCAUAUUUACUGCUUUUUUCACAAACUGAAUUUUUGUUUACUGUGCCUUGCAGAUAUUCAGCAAUUGUUGGUGAAAAAAGAAGAGUUUCUCUCUGAGCAGCAGGAGAGGAAUCCCAGUCUGGACCAGGGAAACAUUGAGCACCCAAACAUUAGCAAGGCAAAGAACUAUAGAGCGCAAGAACAGGCCAGGAACUCAAAUUCAGAGAUAAAUGUACAACAAGAGACUGAAGACUCCUUGGAACCUGAGACUGAGGACAGUGAUGAAAACUUGGAGAAUACAAGGCCACAAAGGUCAAGUCUAAUGUCUGUGAAAAAAGUGAGAAAGAAGAUGCUGAAGAGGAUUGAGAAAUCAUGUGUUUGCUUGAAGUGUUGUAGAAUAUUCAAAACACGACAAGAACUAGCAAAACACCUGAAAGUUCAUUCAGACGAGACACCCUUCAGCUGCCCAGAGUGUGGUAAAUUGUUUAAAACAAAAAAAUGUAGGGCAUCUCACAUGAGAUUUCACUCAGAGGAGAGACCCUUCAGCUGCAAGCAGUGUGGCAAAACAUUCAAAUCUAAACCUGAACUGGCCCAACACAUGAGAGUUCACUCAGAGGAGAGACCCUUCAGCUGCUCAGAGUGUGGCAAAACAUUCAAAACUAAACAUAAACUGGCCCGACACAUGACAGUUCACUCAGAGGAGAGACCCUUCAGCUGCCCAGAGUGUGGUAAAUUGUUCAAAACAAAAAAAUGUAGGGCAUCUCACAGGAGAGUUCACUCAGAUGAGAAACCCUUCAGCUGCCCGGACUGUGGCAAAACAUUCAAAUCUAAAGAUGAACUGAGAAAACACAUGGCAGUUCACUCAGAUGAAAAACCCUUCAGGUGCACAGAGUGUGGCAAAUCAUUCAAAUCUAAAAAAGAACUGGCAAUCCACAUGAGAGUUCACACAGAGGAGAGACCCUUCAGCUGCAAGCAGUGUGGCAAACCAUUCAAAUCUAAAGAUGAAUUGAGAAAACACAUGGCAGUUCACUCAGAUGAAAAACCCUUCAGGUGCACAGAGUGUGGCAAAACAUUCAAAACUAAAAAUAAGCUGGGACAACACAAGGCAGUUCACUCGGAGGAGAUACCCUUCAGCUGCUCAGAGUGUGGCAAAAAAUUCAAAACUAAAAGAUAUCUGGCAAAACACAUGAUAUGUCACUUAAAGGAGAGACCCUUCAGCUGCACUGAAUGUGGGAAAACAUUCAAAACUGAACAAACACUGCAUAAGCACAUGAUAGUUCACACUGGAGAAAGAUCCUAUAGCUGUGGGUGAAGCAGUCCACUGGCUGCUGUUUUUGAAGGGAAGUACUCUUUGGAAAAUGAAGUCAGGUUUCACAUUUUCUAGUUUAUGCUGGGGAGUAGAUUUUGAGUUGUUUACUGUGUGGUGAAGGAGUUAAACAUGACAUUUUUCAAACCUACAAAUGUUGAUUCAUACUAGAGAGAGACAUUUUUGUUCUGUGUAUAUUGGAAUAUAUUGACACUAGGCUAGUCCAAAACUGUCACAUGGCUCAUCAGAGGAGUGGGUGGGUGGGGGCUCCAUCUGCUCAUUUUACAGCAAGAGAUUUAGCACAAAGUCUUAUCUAACAAGACUCAUGUUGAUAUGGAUGAAAAACCCCUCAGCUGCUUUGUUUUAUAGUGAAAUUUUUAAAGAAAAGUCUAAUGUGACUCUUAACUUUUUUUUUUUUUGACUCUUAAUCCUUUAUAUUUCUUUGUAUACUUCUUACACAAUAAAGAAUGCACAAAUAUUCAGGUGUUGAGGAAGUUUUAAUUUUAUACUGUCCUCUGACGUCUAAAUGUUUUCAAUGAUGGUAACCCAUCCUAACUAGGAAAAAGUUUUAAUAUUAUUUUUUAUCCUUGCUUUUUAUAGUCCAGAAUCAUACAUUCAUUUUAU